AUGACUUAUCACGGCAACCAGGACAACUACCAACAGCAGGGUCAGGGAGACUACGGUCAAGGCGGCUAUGGCCAGGGCGGUUAUGGUCAAGGCGGUGACGAUCGCCAGCAACAGUACGGUCAACCCCAAGAUCAACAGCAGUACGGUCAACCUCAAGGCCAACAGCAGUACGGCCAGCAACAAAGCCCUCCAAAACAAGGAGGCUACCAACAGGGUGGUUACGGUCUAUCACAGUCUUACUAUUCAGAGUCUGACCAGACCCGGCACCAGUACCCCCCUCCUGGACCUGGCCAACAAGGUGCUCCCCCGUCCUACAACCAAGGCGGCCCUCAAGGUCAAUUCGACGGCGGCGAUGGCCCCGAUGGUGAGCGUGGUGUGAUGGGCGCUCUGGCUGGUGGUGCAGCUGGAGCUUUCGGUGGCCAUAAGGUUGGCGGGGUGACUGGGCACAACAAGUCAAGCACCAUCAUUGGUGCCUUGGCAGGUGCCUUUGGCGGACACAAGAUGCAGGAUGCCGCUGAGGACUGGAAGGAUGAUAGAAAGGAGAAGAAGGAGGAGGAAAAGAGACGGGAGGAGGAAGAGAAGCGCAGAGAAGAAGAAAAGAAGAGACGUGAUGACGAUCGUCAUGACUCUCACCGUCGUCGACGAAGCUCUUCUCGCUCGUCCCGAUCCUCUUCUCGAGGCUCUAAUCGACGUCGUAGCGGACACUACGCCGGCCACUUCACCGCAUCGUCUCGAGACAUCAGACUCGACGCCCACGGCGACUACGUCCUCCACGCCUCCUGCCGCCGCGAGGACGGUGACUACCAGCACACCUCCAUCUCCCUCAACAAGCUCCUCGAGAACGACCGAGGAAGCUUCCGCUGGUCCGCUGGUGGCGGCCAAAGCGCCUCCUCAUCUGUCACCGUUCAGCAGGGCGAUACCCUCCGCGGCAUUGCGGCGCGCUUCGGCUGCUCUUUCGAAGAGAUUGCCAGACAAAACAACAUCAGCAACCCUGAUCUGAUCUAUCCUGGACAGACGCUCCAGGUGCCAGGUGGUGGGCGACAGGGAGGCGGUGGAUUUGCCUCUUCUGUGCGGAAUGUGCGUCUUGUUGAUGGUGGUCAUCGGUUGGAGGGUGAGCUGUCGCGGGAUGGAGAUUGGGUCACGAGCUCGAUUGUUCUUGAUGAGAGGAUUAAGAACUUCAACGGUACUCUGGAGCUUGUUUAA